CAAGCCAAAAAAACUACGGAGUAGUCUAUACGACUGUCAUUAGUAAUCCGUUCAGUAGAAAUUAAUUAAUCGUUCAUAUCUGAAAUUAACAGCUCAAGAAUCCAAUACCUGCGAAGUCAAUCGCGUGAGUGCUUUAUCUCUGUAACCAUCUUUGUUCUUUGAUUUUGUUUCUCCAAACACAUUUUUCGAUCGUGUUAUUAUAGAUCUAAAGUUCUAAACAAAUGUACUCUGUCUGAUGUCUAGAUUGUCUUUGUUCGUUUAUGGUCUUAAAACGGUUUAGAUUUAAAAAUGUGCGUAGCUCUUCAGUUCGUUGAUUCCUUGAUAAAAAUAAGAAAAUACCAAGCUAGAUUUCAAUCAUACCCAAGUUAAUUACAUCAUAUAUAGUGCUCAGAAAGUUGCAGUUAUAGUGUGAAGAACUUAUUUAAGCCAUGGUAAAGGACACCGAAUACUAUGAUAUCUUGGGGGUAAGCGUAGAUGCCACACCUGCAGAUGUUAAGAAAGCGUACUAUAUCAAGGCAAGGGUAGUUCAUCCAGAUAAAAAUCAGGGGGAUCCACAAGCAGCUCAUAAAUUUCAGGUGCUUGGAGAGGCUUAUCAGAUCCUGAGUGACCCACAUAAACGUGAAACCUAUGACAAAUAUGGGAAAGAUGGAGUACAGCAGGACACAAUGGUGGACCCUGCAGCAGUUUUUGGAAUGCUAUUUGGGAGUGAUUUCUUUGAAGAUUAUGUAGGACAGUUUUUAUUGGCUUCUUUGUCAGUUGUUGAAGCUGAGGAGGAAUCCACUCCACCUGAGCUCCGCAAUAAGAAUGUUCAGGAAAAAUUGAAGGCUUUACAGAAGGAAAGAGAAGUGAAGCUUGUAACAAUUUUGAAAAAUCAUCUCCAUCCAUAUGUUGAAGGUCAUGCUGAUGAGUUUUUAAGCUGGGCAAAAUCCGAAGCAACCCGUCUCUCUCAAGCUGCUUUUGGUGAAGCUAUGUUACAUACUAUUGGUUACAUUUACACAAGGCAAGCUGCCAAAGAGAUUGGAAAAGACAUACGUUUCAUGAAGGUGCCAUUUUUAGCAGAAUGGGUACGCGAUAAAGGACACCGCAUAAAGUCACAAGUUGGUGCUGCUUCAGGCGCCAUCUCUUUGCUUCAAAUACAAGAGGAAGUGAGGAAGUCGAGUGAGGGAGAGGUUAAAGAAGAAAGUGUAAUCAAAACUCUAGAGGAGAAGAAAGAUGCCAUGCUUAAUUCCCUUUGGCAGAUUAAUGUUGUUGAUAUUGAAACUACCCUGUCUCACGUUUGUCAAGCAGUUCUAAAAGAUCCUACUGCCACAAAGGAUGUUCUGAAGCUGCGGGCCAAGGCAAUGAAGAAGUUGGGAACAAUUUUCCAAGGUGCAAAGGCAAAUUGUGCUAGAGAAAGCAGCCUUCGUCACGAAACCACCGAUAUUGUAGAUGUCAAUUCAUCCUCAUCCUCAAAGUGAGGAUUGUAUUUUUUUUUAGGGUGUAUCAGUUUUUUUUUUUUCAUGCAAGCUGUAAUUGUAUGCAGCUCUUAAUGCUUCAUAUUUAUGUUAUAUGUACAUGAUCAAUGUUAAUUAGUUGCUGUGACAUGCCAGAAUACCUCGUUGAUUCAGUGUUUAAUUUCAAUGUGGUUGCUUUAUAUAUGGAGUUUGUAAUAAUGUCUCAAUUGGACUGGACGCCUGGUAAAUGGUUCUGCA